GGAUUAUCAUAAUGAUUUUUGUGGCUAAACAAGUGUUUAAAACGGUAUUCCUCUAUGUGUGUCGUGAAAUAAGAAACGCGAAGGUCUGCUGAACUUGGAAAAUAGUGGUGAGUUGUGAUUCAAAGCAGGAUUCGUGCGCAAAAUACGUUUUAAAUUCUAAAUGUGUGUUUGUUUACCUCUGUGGCUCGUGGAUGCUGUUUCCCUGACAUGCCUGUGAGAUUUUUUUUUUUCGUGUAUGGAGCCGGUACCGAACGUGCGCUGUGAUGUAAUAAGUGCAAAGCCGAAAUUCGGACUGUGCCAACAGCUUUACCGCACGCAAGCGAUGGCGUAGAAAAGGGUGAUGGUGACCGCUGACAAGGCUUUCCACGGACUCAAGGCCAGACUGAACGCCGCGAUGUAUGUGUUUGCAACAUUUCUACACAAUUAUACAGCGUUGCAAAAUGCGACGGAUCCAUUAGGCGCGUAGAGUGCGCUCGCGGCUGCAGCAACGUGGUUUCGACGGCGACAUAGCGGUGUCGUGGUGAAGGGAGUGUGUGUGCGUGUGUGUGUGUGUAUGCGUUCUGUGUUCGCGUGUGUGCGGCGGUAUUCGCGGUGGGCCUCGGAGUGCCACAAGUCGCGUGUACGAGUGGGUCUCGCAGAGGCUUCAACGCCGCGAGUUGUUCUGCCUGGCGUUGAUUGCAAUAUUCGGAUGACGGACACGGCGGUCAGCACCAAGGCCGCGUGUGAUACCUUGCCAUUGCAGUGCUGCCUAACUGAAAAAAUAAGAAAAAAAUAAAUAUAUGAUACGCUGAUGUAUUUGUUCUUGAAAUAGAUGCAUAGAUAAGUGCGUGGAAUAAUUAGUGAGUUGGUGAAGGAAAAGACAGCAUUGAAAAAGCCGCCCUGGUGAAGCCCAGCAUCAUGGGCUGACCGUCACACCCACGAGGUCUGUGACGUGACGCGACGGACGUGACCAUUUCAGCGACCGAGGCUUCCCUUCGAGGCUUCCCUUCGAGGCUUCCCUUCGCCGCGUCAUGGAGGACGAAUCUCAGAUGAGCGUGGGCGUGCGGGUGGAGGUGGUGCUGCUUGACGAGCGCCGCCUGCAGGUGGGCGUCGGCCCGCGUCUCCUCACCCAAGAGCUGCUCGCCAUGGUCGCUUCGCACUUCACGCUCAAGGAGCAUCAGUACUUCUCGCUCGCCGUGAUUGAUAACACGGGUCACUAUCAGUGGCUGACACACGACCGUCGAGUUGUGGACCACGAUGUCGUGCGCGCCCUCAACGGGGCCCCCGUCACCAUGUACUUCCUCGUCAAGUUUUACAUUGAGUCGGUAUUGCAGCUUCAGAGCCCGCAGACGGUGGAACUCUUUUACCAGCAGGCCAAGAAUCUAGUCUUUAAGGGUCAGCUUGAGUUGGAGAGCGACACAGCGUUCCGACUAGCGGCUCUCGCUCUGCAGGCAACGUACGGCGACUUCACCCAUGAGACGUCGACACACUCGCACUUGAAGAAGGCCCAGGUGCUUCCCGCCAGUGUAAUCCGCGACCACCCGUCACUACAGUAUUGUGAAGAGCGGGUAGCAGAGGAACACAAACAACUAAUUGGGCACACUCGCGGCCACGCUAUCUUACAGUAUAUGAGUGUGGUAGAGCGGGUACCCACGUAUGGCGUGCAUUACUACGAGGUGAGGGAUAGGUCCAACUUACCGUGGUAUCUUGGUAUCAGCUACCGUGGCAUUGCUCAGUACGACUACCUCGACAAGAGAAAACCUCGACGCGUCUUCCUGUGGAAACAGCUUGAGAAUCUCUACUUUCGGGAGAGAAAAUUCUCGAUAGAAGUACAUGAUCCAAAGAGAGUGGUGCACACCCUGAGCUCCUUUAACCUGUACGAGGAUGCCAUCGAAGACUCCAGGGACAACCACGAUGACCUGCUAGCGGCCAUCACCGAAGCAACCACACAAGUAUCUGUGUCAAGAAGAACAUUUGGACCUGGCAACGUUAGUGUUUACGUUUGGUUCGCAGAGACUCAGGCGCUCUGCAAAGCAAUCUGGUCGAUGGCGAUCGCACAGCAUCAGUUCUACCUUGACUGCAAAACCUCAAGAAAUGAGGUGAGUGGGGUUCGGGAAUUUCCCGAACUGGCAGUUGAGCUUUCACGCAGUUGCGUUUCGCUCUCAACCCAUUCCUCCUCGUCAAAUCUAUCAAGAUCUGGCUCCCAUUCAUCACUGGUUAACAACUCUCUAGCAGAGGACAGUGCAAGCACAGAGAGUCUACAUCAGGCAAGGAUGGAGAUGCACAGUGCCUUGAAAGAACGUCGCGAUGCCCUUCAAGAAAAGUUGAAGGAAAAGACAGAAGAAUUGAGACUCCUUUGUUUAAGGGAAGGGGAAUUGACAGGGGAGUUGCCUCCUGAAUAUCCAAUAACUCCUGGCCAACCACCACCAACUGUACGCAAAAGAGUUGGCACAUCAUUUACACUCAGUGAAAAUCUCAUAAAUAAGAUUAUUAACAAACAGGAGGAGACUGUAGCUGCUUUAGAACUUGAAUAUGAAAUUCAGGGAAAAAUAACUAGUGCUGCCCUAAGAUUAGCAAACGAAACCUCAGCAAGAAAAGGAGUCAGAAAGCAGCGAAAGCUCUCCUACCAACAGUCUGCCCAGAGAUUAAAAGACCUUGAACAGAAGCUAAAAGCAGCAAGGGCCAAACAGACAGCAACAGCUAACAGUAUGCCAAAGCAAAAGAAGAAGCCUCGUCCUGUAUCAGACAGUGAAGGUGUGGGUGGAUACGAUGAAAAUACGAAUCCGAAUAACACGACGGUAAGCAGCAGUCAAGAAUCGCCUCGAGAUCAUUUACGAGACUCCCACCGAGAAUCAACCAUAACUGAGGGUGUCAGUCUGUCUCCAGCACUGUCCCCUCACCCUCCAGUCUCCCCAAGGUCACCCUUACCACCCUCUACCCCAGUUAGAGCAAGGGCACGGAGGGACCUCUCACCAGGGGGUCACAGUAUAUCAUCUGGAGGUGUCCACUCUGCUCCAACCAGUCCUCACAAACAGCCAAAUGCAAGCUCAAGAUCAGCUAGUCCCAACAGACCUCAUAGUGGAUACAUCCCUAGUUCUGUGUACACUAGAAGUCAGUACCGCAGUCAGCAGUACCCGACCCUCUCCACGCGCUCCCAGUCAGUCCCGGCGGAUGAGGGUCGGGUGCCACACCCAAGGACCACCAACGGAGCUUAUCCCGUGCCCGAUCCAGGCAUUGUUCUUGCUGAAACACCCGGAGGUCUCUACAACAUACCCCAACAACGCACUUCCCUUGCUUGUCAUAGUCUGGAUGACCUGGGAACCCCAACCCAUAUCAGCAAUAAUAAUAAUAAUAAUAAUACACCCCAACAGUCCCACCAUAACCACCACCACCAACCCUACAGACCGAGAAAUGACUCCCAGGAUAGGUACGGCAGUUUGGACCGACGGCGCGCCAACAACGGGCGGCUGGAGUCACGCAGCAUGGAACACCUCGAUUCUCUGCCCUCCCCCAGUAUUCCCCAGCAGUCUUCCCAACAUACCUCACACCACAAUCACCAACACACACUGUCACCAAAUCUCUUACAUCCCAGCCAUGCAGCGUCCUACCCACACCACCCACACUACCACAAUCACCAAUUCCAAUUGCCAGAACACCACCAGGAAGCCAUGGACACUACCAGCGAUUCCCAUCCUAACACAGCAAACUGUAGCUUUGACACCAUCUCAAGUGAACGAUCAGGAGGAGGUGGAGGAGGAGGAGGAGAUGAUGAUGCAGUGGACGGAGCAGCCCUCUAUAGAACCCAAGGAGGACUCCAAGGAAGCUCCCAAAAUUACCGCCACCGUAGUCAGAGUGGUCCUGGCAUGCCUGCACCAUCUUCUCAGCUCCAUCGUGGGACAGGUCAUGGUGCCGUUCAGAGGUCUCAGAGUGGCACAGUUCACAGACUGGUAAGGACUUCUAGUGGAAGAAGUUACAUGGAAACUACAUUUGUUUCAGAGCCAAAUCACAAUCAAGAAAAUAUUCCUCCACUUCGUCCAUCCUCAGAGUUGUUGCCUUUGCGACCAACAAGUAGCAUGCACCAUGAUGGUCACCCUCCCCUUCGACCCACCACUACCUCCAACACUGGAGAGAUCUUACCUUUGAGACCUACUGUAUCAGAUCUCCCCCCAUUAAGAGCCACCAAAUCCAGCAGUGAACUACCUCCUCUUAGAGCAACAUGCCCAAAGAUGGAGCCUCCCUGCAGUCACAACUCCUCCAUGAACACAUCAAUGUCAUCAAUGGCUGAAGAACCAUUAAUGUCACUUGCAGAAGCUGCUAGAAUGAAAAAAGAAAGAGGAAAAGAGUGGUAUGAGACCUCUCUAGAUUCUCCAGCUUCUAGUAGAAGGGCAAAAAAGAGCAUGAGCAUGAUGGAGAUGAAUGAUUCUUGCCAGAGUAAUGGUACUGUCAAUGCAAGCCAAUCUAAUUUAAAUGUGAGUGGUAGUAGCGUUGGCAGUACAGGAAGUAGUAAUGGAAGUGUAUUCCCAUCCCGUUCGGAUUCUGCAGACACUUCCCAAACAUCUGUUCCAUAUGAUUCACCACGCAAUCAUAUGAUAAUCUCGGCAGGCUCCUUCCAGCCUUCUCGUGAAGUCACAAAACCAUUUGAAAUGUCUGAUUUUUACAAGUAUAGUACAAAGUAUAGGCGUCAAAGUUCCAGUAAUUUAGUAGGCAUGAACAGUAGCAGUACAGGAACAACAAGCGGCUCUGUUAGUAGUGUGAGUAGUGGAGGGGACACCCCACUCUCUCCAGUCCUGCCUCCAAGAGCUCAAGUGCUUGUAAGUAACAGUAAACUGCUUCCUCCAUCACCUAAUUUAGUUGCUCAUCACUCAUCUCCCGCACCACAGCAAAAGGGUGUAUACCAACCACUUACACCACUUACUUGCCAGCCUCUUGGAGUAAUGAAAGGGUCUCCAGCUCCUGGUGAACCAGAGGAUCCUGUUGGUGGUGCAUGGGAAGCUACGCCUUUACAUCAAGCUGUUCCUGCAACAGUAACAAACAAAAGGUCUGCCACAUUGGUUUGAUAGUGUGUAAUACCUCCAAAAUCGUUAUACAGUCUGCAGUAAUAACUGAAGGCUUAUGGGAAGAGGCUUAUCAACUCAUUAAUUCCUCAAUGGUGCUUCAUUCACACAUCCUAAAAUUGUAAAUAUAUAUAUAUAUAUAUGUAUAAAAACUGUAUACAAGAUGAUAUAUAUAUACAAUACGAUCACAAAGACAGACAUCUUCACUCAUAUAUUCCAAAGACAAAGGCAUGCUUCUCACUUUUUUUAUUAGUACUUUUUAUGUUUUAUUUUGAUCUCAUUAUUGUUGUGCAAACAUGCUAAAUGUUAUAAACUAUUUCUUAUGUUCAACAAAAGCAAUUAUAUUAUGCCUGUUAAUGUUUGACAAGGGAUAGUGCAGUUCCCUUUUUACAGUUUUAGAUCAGCAUGAACUUUCAUGUGGAACUUUGAUUCUGACUUUGAAUAGUUGCAUAUUAGUUUACCAGAGACUGGAGAUUGUUAAUGGAAGGGAACGUGAUUUUAAAAACAAAAUUUUAGGAUAUGGAAAAGGUAGAAUAGGAAAUCUUAACCUUCAACUGUGAUAAUUUUUUUUAUUUAUUUUUUUUUGUAUUAUAUAUGAAAGGAGUUAUUUCAUAUUGUGACUGUUACAGAUAAUAUACUUGAAGUAAGCUGGAAGUGUUUAUCAUUCCAGUUGUGUUUAUGGAGAGCCAUGCUGCAUUAACUUUGAUAAUGUCAUCAAUUUUUGUACCUGAACUACUGAUUGAACAAAAUACAUUUAAUAUCAGUUAUGUGAAAAAUGCAUUUAACACCAAAGGUAUGUAUAUUGAUAUCUGUGAAAGAUUUAUCUGCAGCAUUUGGCCCUCAGAUCUUUUCUUCAGUUCCCAAUCAGAGAAAAAAAUCAAUAUCAGCACUUUUUGGUGGCUUGUUGAGAGAGGUUACAAGUGGUCUUCAUAGGGAAGUGGUACAUGUAUGACUAAUGAAAAAAGUAAUGUCAACAUGAAGGGAUGUGGGUAUGUAUCCACUUGGAGUCUUUGCAGGAUUGAUGUAGAUGGGUAAAUUCACAGUGCUACGUUUUUUUUUUUUUAACUGAAGUUUUAUAUCUUAGCACAUUUACUUGUUUUGAGAAGAGGUUGAUAAUGAGUCACAUAUUUUAAGAUGGGAAACUAUUUUCCUGGUUCAAGAGUGAAUUACAUAUUUCCCUAGUCUAUGAAAAACAACCUAUUGCCCAAACUUUAAUGUUUAAUAUUUUUUUUCCUUCCAAUAAAACUUUUAAUUGGUCAUCACUGUGCAGAUUGGGAUAUCAUUGAAUCUACCAAAGAAAAGUGCCUUUGUUUAUACAGACACAAUUGUAGAUAUGUGUACAAAAUUUUGUACAGUGUAAUAAAGUCAAAUAUCAUAAA